GACACUUCCUGUAGCGCCGCCUCUAACAAACCAAGCGAAUUGAGAAGGCCUCGAUGAAGAUAAUCCUCCCCAGCGGACAUUUAAAACACUUUUACAUUAAUAAACACCCGUCUGCAGUCGAUUAACAGUGUGUUUUAAUUCCAAAACCCAAGCUGUGAGCUGGUAAUCACAGUUAUGAUGGCGUCCAGCUACAACGCGAAGGAGGAGGACGGUCAUCACUCGGGAUCCGCGGGCCUAGGUGGGACCGCCAUCCGGACCAGAAAGCCCGACAACACCGCCUUCAAACAGCAGCGCUUACCUGCCUGGCAGCCCAUCCUGACCGCGGGCACGGUUUUACCCGCUUUCUUCGUCAUCGGCCUCAUCUUCAUCCCGAUAGGAAUCGGACUCUACGUGACGUCCAAUAAUAUCAAGGAGUUCGAGAUUGAUUACACCGGGACUGACAUGUCCAGUCCGUGUUUUAACUGCUCUCAAAGCUUCAGCUGGAACAGCACGACUCCCUGCAAAUGUAUCCUGUCCUUCUCUCUGGACCAGCCUUUUGAAAGUAAUGUCUUCAUGUACUACGGCCUCUCAAAUUUCUACCAAAACCAUCGACGUUACGUGAAGUCCAGAGAUGACAGCCAGCUUAAUGGAGAUGAGCGCUCACUUAAGGAACCAAGCAAAGAGUGUGAGCCGUACCGCAUAAAUGAUAACAAGCGUAUAGCCCCAUGUGGAGCUAUUGCCAACAGUAUGUUUAACGAUACAUUGGACUUGUUUUACAUUGACCCCAAUGGAACAAAAACCCAAAUUCCGAUGAUCAAAAAGGGGAUCGCUUGGUGGACGGACAAACAUGUGAAGUUCAGAAACCCUGGUGGAAACAACCCCAAUCUUACUGCGGUUUUUAUUGACACAGCGAAGCCGAUCAACUGGCGAAAGCCCGUCUAUGAGCUGGACACUGACCCAGAAAACAACGGCUUCAUAAACGAGGAUUUCAUUGUGUGGAUGCGCACCGCUGCUCUUCCCACCUUCAGAAAGCUGUACCGCAUUAUUCAGAAGAAGAACAACAUGACACCCACACUGCCCAGAGGAAACUACAGCCUGGAAGUCACUUACAACUAUCCCGUCCGCAGCUUUGAGGGCCGGAAGCGAAUGAUCCUCAGCACCAUCUCCUGGAUGGGAGGAAAAAACCCCUUCCUGGGCAUCGCCUACAUCACAGUGGGCUCCAUCUGCUUCUUCCUCGGCGUAGUGCUUCUCUUCAUUCACCACAAAUACGGAAACCGCAACAGCAGCUCCGAUAUUCCCAGUUAAACCCGUCCAGCGCAUGCGUUCUCUCGCAAACGCAUGCGCAACAUUUUAAAGGUGCAAGAAAGCGUUUGACCACUUGAUGUUUUGUUUAUUUAUUCCUCAAGAAGAUAAAGAUGUCCAUUCGAAAGUUUUAUUGUUGGCGUUUUGACUUUAAACGUGUUUUCGAAUGGCGACGUGCACAUACAGCUGAUAUUUUACGAAACGUCCGAGACAAAGAUGAAUGAAAUGAAUGUAUAUUUGUAUUCAUAGAAAUUUUUACCUUCAGGCCAAAAGUAAUCUGUGAACAGGGCAGAAUAAUAUGACUACUUUAUUUUUUAAUACAAACGUUUAUUCUUUAAGGGUUCAUAAAAGCGAAUACUGUAGCUCUGUUUACUUCCAAAUAUCUUCGUAGUGCCAGGAUCAUUGACGUUGCGUUUUCGAGGACUGUUAUAUGUUCUUUGUGUUUUCUGGAGGUGCUUGUGCUUGUUUAAGGAAGCUUUGCUGUGUGGAUUUCAUGGUUUGCAGGGACCAAAUGUCUAGUUUAUUUAACUGAAUCCGUCUCGGGCUCGUUUUGGCUGUCAUGUCUUUUUAUACGUGUUCUGGUUUAAGCAUGUCUGCCUCUAACAAAUAAGCACUUUAGAAUGCGACAAGCCAUACGUUUUUUGGCAGUUUUUAGGAGUGUGUGUUUUGUGUUGGGCGAAUAAAAUGUCUAAUUGCUGAACUUUA